AUGACCCUCAACGCUCAGAGAGAGAAGGAGCUCCUGCGGCGGAGAGGCAGCACGCCAAUUGCCCCACUCUUCAAGCAGCUAUCUGGUCCUCGGGACCUUCGAUACUCUGUGAGCAACCAGCCCAGCUCGGAGAGUUUUGGACCUACGCGCAGCCACCCUCCCUUGGGACAGUCAGCAUCCUACCAUCCUGGAGACAAGUCCUUCCACUACCGCGCCCAGUGGAGCUCAGACUCCGACGACGACUCGCAGAGCGAAUCGGACUGUGUUUACAGGGUGGUGUUGCUAGGCGACCAUGGUGUUGGAAAGACCAGCCUCGCAGGAAUCUUUGCUGGAAUCACAGAGAAAGACGAACAACCUGGAGAGGACACGUAUGAGCGGACGCUGACAGUGGACGGAGAGGAAACAACGCUGAUUGUCAUGGACACAUGGGAAAACGACAAAAUGGAUGACCCCUCUUCUCUUGAAGACUGUCUGAAAGUGGGGAGCGCGUACGUCAUCGUCUACUCUGUCACCGACCGCUCGAGCUUCGACUCUGCUGCUGAGCUCCGCAUCACGCUGAGGCGCACUCGCCAGGCUGAAAACCUUCCCAUCAUCCUUGUGGGAAACAAGAGCGACUUGGUCCGUGCCAGAGAAGUCGCCGUGGAAGAGGGCCGAGCGUGUGCCGUGGUGUUUGACUGCAAAUUCAUCGAGACGUCUGCGUCUCUGCAGCACAACGUGGCCGAGCUGUUCGAGGGCGUGGUGCGGCAGAUCCGGCUCCGUCGGGACGGCAGCGAGGUCACAAAGCACAGGAGCUCCAUCUACAAACGCAAAGAGAGUCUGACCAAGAAGGCUCGGCGCUUCCUGGACCGACUGGUGGCACGCAACAACCAGCGCAUGGCGGUCAAAGUGCGCUCCAAGAGCUGCCACGACCUAGCUGUGCUUUGA